AUGGACCGGUUGGACCAACUGGCCUGUUGGUCCGAUGGACCGGUUGGACCAACUGGCCUGUUGGUCAAAUGGACCGGUUGGACCAACUGGCGUGUUGGUCCGAUGGACCGGUUGGACCAUCUGGCCUGUUGGUCCGAUGGACCGGUUGGACCAACUGGCCUGUUGGUCCGAUGGACCGGUUGGACCAACUGGCCUGUUGGUCAAAUGGACCGGUUGGACCAACUGGCGUGUUGGUCCGAUGGACCGGUUGGACCAUCUGGCCUGUUGGUCCGAUGGACCGGUUGGACCAACUGGCCUGUUGGUCCGAUGGACCGGAUGGACCAACAGGCCUGUUGGUCCGAUGGACCGGUUGGACUAACUGGCCUGUUGGUCCGAUGGACCGGUUGGACCAACUGGCCUGUUGGUUCGAUGGACCGGUUGGACCAACUGGCCUGUUGGUCUGAUGGACCGGUUGGACGAACUGGCUUGUUGGUCCGAUGGACCGGAUGGACCAACAGGCCUGUUGGUCCGAUGGACUGGUUGGACCAACUGGCCAGUUGGUCCGAUGGACCGCCUGUUGGUCCGAUGGACCGGUUGGACCAACUGGCCUGUUGGUCCGAUGGACCGGUUGGACCAACUGGCCUCUUGGUCCGAUGGACCGGUUGGACCAACUGGCUUGUUGGUUUGAUGGACCGGUUGGACCAACUGGCCUGUUGGUCCGAUGGACCGGUUGGACCAACUGGCCUGUUGGUCCGAUGGACCGGAUGGACCAACAGGCCUGUUGGUCCGAUGGACUGGUUGGACCAACUGGCCAGUUGGUCCGAUGGACCAGUUGGACCAACUGGCCUGUUGGUCCGAUGGACCGGUUGGACCAACUGGCCUGUUGGUCCGAUGGACCGGAUGGACCAACAGGCCUGUUGGUCCGAUGGACCGGUUGGACCAAUUGGCCUGUUGGUCAAAUGGACCGGUUGGACCAACUGGCGUGUUGGUCCGAUGGACCGGUUGGACCAACUGGCCUGUUGGUCCGAUGGACCGGUUGGACCAACUGGCCUGUUGGUCCGAUGGACCGGUUGGAUCAACUGUCCUGUUGGUCCGAUGGACCGGUUGGAUCAACUGUCCUGUUGGUCCAAUGGACCGGUUGGAUCAACUGUCCUGUUGGUCCGAUGGACCGGUUGGACCAACUGGCCUGUUGGUCCGAUGGACCGGUUGGACCAACUGGCCUGUUGGUCAAAUGGACCGGUUGGACCAACUGGCGUGUUGGUCCGAUGGACCGGUUGGACCAUCUGGCCUGUUGGUCCGAUGGACCGGUUGGACCAACUGGCCUGUUGGUCCGAUGGACCGGUUGGACCAACUGGCCUGUUGGUCCGAUGGACCGGUUGGACCAACUGGCCUGUUGGUCCAAUGGACCGGUUGGACCAACUAGCCUGUUGGUCGAUGGACCGGUUGGACCAACUGGCCUGUUGGUCCGAUGGACCGGUUGGACCAACUGGCCUGUUGGUCCGAUGGACCGGUUGGACCAACUGGCCUGUUGGUCCGAUGGACCGGUUGGACCAACUGGCCUGUUUGUUCGAUGGACCAGUUGGACCAACUGGCCUGUUGGUCCGAUGGACCGGUUGGACCAACUGGCCUGUUGGUCCAAUGGACCGGUUGGACCAACUAGCCUGUUGGUCCGAUGGACCGGUUGGACCAACUGGCCUGUUGGUCCGAUGGACCGGUUGGACCAACUGGCCUCUUGGUCCGAUGGACCGGUUGGACCAACUGGCCUGUUGGUUUGAUGGACCGGUUGGACCAACUGGCCUGUUGGUCCGAUGGACCGGUUGGACCAACUGGCCUGUUGGUCCGAUGGACCGGAUGGACCAACAGGCCUGUUGGUCCGAUGGACUGGUUGGACCAACUGGCCAGUUGGUCCGAUGGACCGGUUGGACCAACUGGCCUGUUGGUCCGAUGGACCGGUUGGACCAACUGGCCUGUUGGUCCGAUGGACCGGAUGGACCAACAGGCCUGUUGGUCCGAUGGACCGGUUGGACCAACUGGCCUGUUGGUCAAAUGGACCGGUUGGACCAACUGGCGUGUUGGUCCGAUGGACCGGUUGGACCAACUGGCCUGUUGGUCCGAUGGACCGGUUGGACCAACUGGCCUGUUGGUCCGAUGGACCGGUUGGAUCAACUGUCCUGUUGGUCCGAUGGACUGGUUGGAUCAACUGUCCUGUUGGUCCAAUGGACCGGUUGGAUCAACUGUCCUGUUGGUCCGAUGGACCGGUUGGACCAACUGGCCUGUUGGUCCGAUGGACCGGUUGGACCAACUGGCCUGUUGGUCAAAUGGACCGGUUGGACCAACUGGCGUGUUGGUCCGAUGGACCGGUUGGACCAUCUGGCCUGUUGGUCCGAUGGACCGGUUGGACCAACUGGCCUGUUGGUCCGAUGGACCGGUUGGACCAACUGGCCUGUUGGUCAAAUGGACCGGUUGGACCAACUGGCGUGUUGGUCUGAUGGACCGGUUGGACCAUCUGGCCUGUUGGUCCGAUGGACCGGUUGGACCAACUGGCCUGUUGGUCCGAUGGACCGGUUGGACCAACUGGCCUGUUGGUCCGAUGGACCGGUUGGACCAACUGGCCUGUUGGUCCGAUGGACCGGAUGGACCAACAGGCCUGUUGGUCCGAUGGACUGGUUGGACCAACUGGCCAGUUGGUCCGAUGGACCGGUUGGACCAACUGGCCUGUUGGUCCGAUGGACCGGUUGGACCAACUGGCCUGUUGGUCCGAUGGACCGGAUGGACCAACAGGCCUGUUGGUCCGAUGGACCGGUUGGACCAACUGGCCUGUUGGUCAAAUGGACCGGUUGGACCAACUGGCGUGUUGGUCCGAUGGACCGGUUGGACCAACUGGCCUGUUGGUCCGAUGGACCGGUUGGACCAACUGGCCUGUUGGUCCGAUGGACCGGUUGGAUCAACUGUCCUGUUGGUCCGAUGGACUGGUUGGAUCAACUGUCCUGUUGGUCCAAUGGACCGGUUGGAUCAACUGUCCUGUUGGUCCGAUGGACCGGUUGGACCAACUGGCCUGUUGGUCCGAUGGACCGGUUGGACCAACUGGCCUGUUGGUCAAAUGGACCGGUUGGACCAACUGGCGUGUUGGUCCGAUGGACCGGUUGGACCAUCUGGCCUGUUGGUCCGAUGGACCGGUUGGACCAACUGGCCUGUUGGUCCGAUGGACCGGUUGGACCAACUGGCCUGUUGGUCAAAUGGACCGGUUGGACCAACUGGCGUGUUGGUCCGAUGGACCGGUUGGACCAUCUGGCCUGUUGGUCCGAUGGACCGGUUGGACCAACUGGCCUGUUGGUCCGAUGGACCGGUUGGACCAACAGGCCUGUUGGUCCGAUGGACCGGUUGGACCAACAGGCCUGUUGGUCCGAUGGACCGGUUGGACCAACUGGCUUGUUGGUCCGAUGA